GUGAGAGGGAGAAAAACAAAGAUGGCGACCGGGGACCGAUAAGGCGACGGAGCCCGACGGUGGUGGUUGUCUUUCGACCGGGAGGUGCCAUGGACGCCAUGAACACUCUCUUCUCGCAGAGCGACUCAUCACUGUUGGGCACCACCUCGCCGGCCAUGAGCUCGUUCGCUAAGCAACAGACGGUGUCGGUACCUGGAGGGGGCCCGAGCGCGGGGCCGGGGCCUGGGCCGGGCCCGCCACCGGCCGCCGCGGGGAUGGACGACCCGCUUCGGAAAACGGGCGGGGCCGGGGGCGGGGUCCUCCACGAGCCCUUCUACAUCAUGAGGGAGUUGCCAGGGGGAACAGACCUCACUGGGAGCACAAAUCUCAUUACUCACUACAAUCUGGAACAUGCUUAUAACAAAUUCUGUGGGAAGAAGGUGAAAGAUAAACUGAGCAAUUUCCUGCCAGACCUGCCGGGAAUGAUCGAUAUGCCUGGUUCACAAGACAACAGCAGUCUGCGCUCUCUCAUUGACAAACAACCAAUCUGCGGCAACUCCUUUAACCUUCUGACUGGCACCUUGCUGACCGGUUUCAGACUGCACACCGGCCCGCUGCCCGAACAAUACCGACUGAUGCACAUCCAGCCUCCAAAGAAGAAAAGCAAACAUAAACACAAACACAGCCGGACUCAAGACCCGGUUCCACCAGAAACACCCUCUGACUCCGAUCACAAGAAGAAGAAGAAAAAAAAGGACGAUGAUCCUGACCGGAAGAAGAAAAAGAAAGAGAAGAAAAAGAAGAAGAACCGUCACAGCCCGGAGCACCCCGCCAUGAGCAGUUCACAGCCCAGCAGCAGCAGCAGCAUGCGGUAGACGCUGUCAGAUUCCUACCUCGGGGUCUGGCCCCUCUGGAUUACAGCGGUGCAGACAGAGAGAUGCUGACCUGUUGGACCAACGCUCGUGGAGAGAGGGAGAGAGCAACGUGAGAUGCAGCAAGUGUCUGGGUUCAAGAGGGAGAGGAAUAGAGAGAGAGAGAGAGAGAGAGGGAGGAUGACCAGCAAACAUGAGAGGGGAACAUCGACUGAAAUGCCCCCGAUGGUGGGUUUGUCUAAAUGUUGUUGUCUUUUUCCAAUUUAAUUUUCCUUUGUACAAUAAAUUUUUUUUUUAAUUGUU